ACCGAAGAAGAUUCGGAACCUCAACGACAGGGUGACCCAAGAGCGGAAGGUUUUACUGGAGGCCUACCUUCAAUCUGCGGUCGAUCAAUUAUGUUACGACCUACCCGGCUGUCUCCAAGACUUCUUGGAUUUGGAUAAGAGUACGAUUGGUCUCUUGAACGAUGAAGAUAUCUCAUCGGACCAUCAGCCGAUCCUGAGCUUCGUAGAGGAGCCUUUCAAACUAUCAGAGUCGCCCACACUACCAAAUACGAUAGUGGAUGCGACGCUGGAUGCAAUAUACUAGCAAAUAAGGUCCCUGCUGUGAAUUGGAAUCGCAUUUAUAGAAUUCAGAAACUGAACACCGAGAUGGUCCGACCGGAGCGUGAGUGACUAUCUCACCGCGGUGUCUCGCAGGGGAUCCAUCAGUAUUUUUCGAAAAGAUUCUCGCUUUCAAGAUGUCUUUCAUGAUAUUGCUUACACUGUGCAUGGGCAAUCCCGCUUCGGCUGGAUCCUCUGCCAUAUGCGGGAAGGGUCCAAUCAGGGAUUUCAAUGACUUCGGCACAACGUACACUGAUAAUCAUUGCGUAUUACACGACGUAUGUUGGCAUCAUAAUGGAAUUCUAUUCAACCUCAGCGACAGUCGGAAUGCCGGACCUUGGCCGGUGCUGGUGUCGGGCUCCUCGGUACCGGACCAUGACGGUAUGAUUGUAGAUAUCACACCGGUUCAGAAACAAACCCUAAGGAUAAUUCUAGCUUCUUCUAAUAUUGUGUUCACCGAGAGCGCUGUUUUACUGCGGAGCUUCCUUCCCGACAAUCUCUUUCAUGUGUUACAUGAUGAUAUUUUGCCCACAUUCGCAAUGAAAGAGAGCUUACCUAGGCUCAACUUGACCCUAUUUUUAACCAAGAGCGAUAUCGACCGCUUCGAUGAUUACUAUUCGCUCCUUCACCUGCCCAUAGUAUAUGCGAAACGCGGAGAGAUCAGAUGCUUUCGUCGAUUAUUUGUGGGUUUGCCGAAGACCACGCUCUGGUACCAAUACGGUUUCAGAUCCCCUCAGUGUAUCCUUGGAGGUUCUGAUGUCUCUAUUAUUCAGAAAUUUGCUGCCGAAUCAGCUCUCCAAGAGAGUAAACUUUAUAUCCUGCGCAGAUGCACAAUUUUAAUUCGCCGAUCGAACAGGCGCAUUCUGAAUCUGCGGGAAAUCGGAAAUUUUCUCGAGACGGAGUUUGAUUGUUCUGUAGAGAUGCUUUCGCUUGAGGAAGGAUUGGCGAACUUGCGAUAUAAGUUGUCGCUCACAGAUAUAUUAAUUUCUAUGCACGGUGCUGAGCUAUCCUUGAGUUUCUUUGUACCAGCAAAUGCCAUCGUCAUCGAACUGUUCCCGUACGCCAUCAACUCAGCGAACUACACCCCCUACAAGAAGCUCUGUGAGCUCCUCGAUUUGAUAUACGAGCCUUGGGAGAAUAGGGUUGAGGCAAAUACCAUGGCUUACCCGGAAAAAUGGUUGUCAGCUCUGUCUUCGGAAGAGCAGCUAGAAAUCAGGAAAGCGAAAAUUGUGAAAGAGCAUCUCUGCUGCACCAAUCCCGCUUGGCUCUAUCGAAUAUAUCAAGAUACUAAGGUAGACGUGGAUUCUCUGCACAAGAUCCUGCAGAGAGCGAUUGCCCGACGGAACUUGCGACUGAGAUGCCGCAGCGAUAAUUUUGCUGAGAUGCUGGAAGUCCACCGUGCCCGUAUUCAAGACCGAAUGGAGAGCUCAUCAACAGAAAACUGGAGGUCUUUCUGGACAUUCUUAACUCGUACGGAACCGAAAUGUGGUCCGACUUUUCAUCUGGGACGGGUGCGCGAUAUACGUUGCGUCCGGAGCGCAGGAGACGCGAGAGUUGUGACCUGGAGGGCGCCAAUCAAUCAGGUAGAUGACCUGGACAUCGAAAACUCAUAUUUUGAAGUCGUAUCGAGAUGCGGAUCCGAAGUCCUCAUGACACGUACAAGACAGACAAGCUUUACUAGCUCACCCUGCAACGAAUCCAUGGAUGUAUGGGUACAAGCACACGGUGGCAUCAAAGCCAUGUACCCGGUCACCUGCUGACGAGGAUGAGCAUAUCCACUUCUUUAGUGACUCAGAUCCUCUGCCUCAUAUCAUCCUGCGAGACCAAAACCUGUGUUAUGUAAAGAGAAUACCUCCUACAUAUUUAAGCAUUACUAUAUUUUGUGCUUUCCUCCUCCUUGACCUUCACGAGCAUGGAUUUAAAUUAUGAAGCAGCCAGAUGAAUCUGUA